GCCGCGCCUGCUCUCGUGCCCGCACCGCUCGUGCCGCUCGUGCCUCCGGCAGUACCUGCGCAUCGAGAUCACCGAGUCGCGCGUCAACAUCAGCUGCCCCGAGUGCAGCGAGCGGCUCAAUCCGGCCGACAUCCGCCUGCUGCUGCGCGACUCGCCCCAGCUGGUGGCCAAGUACGAGGAGUUCAUGCUCCGGCGCUGCCUGGCCGCCGACCCGGACUGCCGCUGGUGCCCGGCCCCGGACUGCGGUUACGCUGUUAUUGCCUAUGGAUGUGCCAGCUGCCCUAAACUGACAUGUGAGAGAGAAGGCUGCCAGACUGAGUUUUGCUAUCACUGCAAGCAGAUAUGGCAUCCAAACCAAACUUGCGACAUGGCCCGCCAGCAGAGAGCACAAACUCUGCGGGUACGGACAAAGCACACCUCAGGCCUCAGUUAUGGACAAGAGUCUGGUCCAGCAGAUGACAUCAAGCCAUGUCCGCGCUGCAGUGCCUAUAUCAUCAAAAUGAAUGAUGGCAGCUGUAAUCAUAUGACUUGUGCUGUAUGUGGCUGUGAGUUCUGUUGGCUGUGCAUGAAGGAAAUUUCUGAUUUGCAUUACCUCAGUCCUUCCGGUUGCACCUUUUGGGGCAAAAAGCCAUGGAGCCGUAAAAAGAAGAUUCUUUGGCAACUUGGAACGUUGAUUGGUGCCCCUGUGGGUAUUUCUCUUAUCGCUGGCAUUGCUAUUCCAGCCAUGGUCAUUGGAAUCCCUGUUUAUGUUGGGAGAAAGAUUCACAGCAGAUAUGAGGGAAAGAAGACCUCCAAGCACAAGAGGAAUUUGGCUAUCACGGGUGGGGUAACCUUGUCUGUGAUUGCAUCUCCUGUCAUUGCUGCUGUCAGUGUUGGUAUUGGUGUCCCUAUCAUGUUGGCCUACGUGUACGGAGUAGUCCCAAUUUCUUUGUGCCGAGGAGGAGGUUGUGGUGUCAGCACAGCCAAUGGAAAAGGGGUUAAAAUUGAGUUUGAUGAAGAUGAUGGGCCAAUUACAGUGGCAGAUGCUUGGAGGGCCCUCAAGAAUCCCAGCAUUGGAGAGAGCAGUAUUGAAGGGCUGACGAGUGUUUUGAGCACCAGUGGGAGCCCCACUGAUGGGCUCAGCGUCAUGCAGGGCAACUACAGUGAGACAGCCAGCUUUGCUGCGCUCUCAGGAGGCACCCUGAGCGGUGGAGUCCUUUUAGGGGGGAAAGGAAAAUACAGCAGGCUUGAAGUGCAGGCUGAUGUGCAGAAGGAGAUCUUCCCAAAAGAUUCGGUCAGCCUGGGAGCCAUCAGUGACAAUGCAAGCACACGGGCUAUGGCAGGCUCCAUCAUCAGCUCUUACAACCCCCAGGACAGAGAAUGUAAUAACAUGGAAAUCCAGGUGGACAUAGAGACCAAGCCCAGCCAUUACCAGCUGGUUAGCGGAAGCAGUACUGAGGAUUCUCUCCAUGUUCCGACCCAAAUGGCAGAAAAUGAGGAGGAAGAGGAAGAGGAGCAGAUAUGCAACCACCAAAGCUGUGAGCAGAAGGACUGUGUAGCCAGCAAAACCUGGGACAUCACUCUAGCACAGCCUGAAAGCAUCCGUAGUGACCUGGAGAGCUCAGACAGCCAAUCCGACGACGUGCCCGACCUCACCUUGGAUGAAUGCGAUUCCCCCUACCCCCAGACUGCUGCCUGCCUCCAUACCCCCAGUGCCAGAGGUGCUGAAAGCCCAAGUGCCCGUAUUGGCCACUGUGCCCAAGCAGAAGGACACCGGCCAGAGGAGAGAACGCUGGAGUGCCUUGAGGCCCGAGGAUGAAGCCCCCCCUUCCCUCCCUCCCUCCCCGCCCUCGCUGAGGCCACCCUGGGGCAGUACGUCCUUGUGGCUUUCGCUCCUCCUUCCCUGGGUGACUGCCCUAAUCUGGACUCUGGGGAAACGGCUUUUCUUACAUGAGGAUAAAACCUUGGUUUUCUUUUUUUAUUUAUUGAUUUAAGCGCUUGGUGAUGCUCAGUGAGUUGUGUAAGAGUGUACAUAAAUGUGCGCGUGUAUAUCGUAUGUUUGCCAAACACACACCUAAAGAAUGCCUUUAAUAAAUAUUCCUGUUCCAUU